GUUUUGUCAAAAAAUGCCACCUGACCCGAGAAAUUAUACUUCGUCCAAAUGCAGCGCGCAUUAGCAGUUCACCCUUUUCAAUGCUUCUACACACCCCGUUUCGAUCCAAAACCUUACUUUUACAACUCUCCUAAAAUUCAUACACUGUAUCCUUAUUCCAAUUCUACUUCUUUUUCACUUUCCAGAGAGCUAAAAGUUCUUGCUGCUAACAAACAGCAACCCCAUGAUAUAAUAAAUUCUGAAAAUAGAGAUGAUGAAAAUGAGUUGUUACAUGAAAAGGUUGUUGCUGCUGCUGCUGAUGAUGAUGAAAUGGAUUUGGGAUGGUUACCUGCCUUUCCUCACGUUUUGACUGCUUCAAUGUCCAAUUUCCUAUUUGGUUAUCACAUUGGAGUAAUGAAUGGUCCUAUUGUAUCGAUAGCGAAAGAGCUUGGGUUUGAGGGGAAUUCAUUUCUUGAAGGACUUGUGGUGAGCAUAUUUAUUGGUGGUGCAUUCAUAGGAAGCAUAGCCUCUGGUUCCCUUGUUGAUAAACUUGGUUAUCGUCGCACAUUUCAAAUUGAUACACUACCUCUUAUUCUUGGGGCAAUUGUAAGUGCACAAGCUCAUUCCAUUGAAGAAAUGCUCUUGGGAAGAUUCCUUGUUGGCCUUGGUAUUGGUGUUAAUACAGUAUUAGUUCCAAUUUAUAUUUCUGAGGUCGCUCCAACGAAAUAUAGGGGCUCCCUGGGGUCAUCAUGUCAAAUUGGUACAUGUGUUGGUAUCAUUGCAUCACUUUGUCUGGCAAUUCCCUCAGAAAAUGAUCCACACUGGUGGAGGACAACGCUCUAUAUUGCAAGUGUUCCAGGAUUUAUUCUUGCUCUUGGUAUGCAAUUUUCUGUUGAGAGCCCCCGCUGGCUAUGUAAGGCUGGGAGACUCAAUGAGGCAAAAAAAGCCAUCAGAAACAUAUGGGGUUCAUCAGAAGUAGAUAAAGCUAUCGCAGAGUUUGGAUCCGUCAUAAAAAAUGAUGGCAGUGACUUGGACAGCAGUUGGCUGGAACUCCUAGAGGAACCACACUCUAGAGUUGCUACCAUUGGAGGUGCCUUGUUUGUACUUCAACAGUUCGCUGGUAUAAAUGGAGUUCUCUACUUCUCAUCCUUGACUUUCAAAGAUGUUGGAAUCUCAAGCAGUGCUUUAGCAAGCUUAUAUGUAGGACUGACCAACUUUGCAGGUGCACUAUGUGCUUUAUACUUGAUGGAUAAGCAGGGGAGACGGAGGCUUCUAAUAGGAAGCUACGCUGGAAUGGCUUUAUCAAUGUUUCUUAUUGUUUGUGCUAUCAGCUUUCCAUUGGAAGGUGAAAUAAGCAACAACUUAUCAAUACUCGGAACAAUCUUGUAUAUUUUCACCUUUGCUGUUGGAGCUGGGCCAGUAACUGGUCUUAUAAUACCAGAGCUCAGCAGCAGCAGGAUGCGAGGGAAGAUAAUGGGCUUUAGUUUCUCCGUUCAUUGGGUCUGCAACUUCUUGGUGGGUUUGUUUUUUCUGGAACUCGUUGAGAAAUUUGGUGUUGCUCCAGUUUAUGGAAGCUUUGGUGUUUUUUCUUUGAUGGCAGCAGCAUUUGCUUACUAUUUUAUAGUUGAGACUAAAGGCCGAUCUCUUGAAGAGAUUGAGAUGUCACUAAAUCUCAAUUUUGAGGGCAAACGUAAUUCAGAAUAAUCUCAUCUCAUACUGAUCAUCAAGUCGCAAGACUGCGCUUUUGCUCAUUUCAUUUUGACCAUCUUGAUGCUUUGAUUGGUCUUGGAGCUAAAAAUCAAGCUACAUUGUCAUGACAUAAUAUGUGCUGGAUUUUAUUUCAUUUUGUACUAUAACUCAUAAACAACAUUGUAAAUGAUAUUGUAAUAUUAUUCUUUUGUUAGUUUCUUUUGCAAACUGAGAUUUUUUUCGAA